AUCAAAGACAAGGCGACUAACGGGCGGACUUUCCCUGCCUGGAGGGGUCGAGCCCAGCUGAGCCGUGAACGUCGCACCGGUGAGCGGGACCACGCAGCGGCACUUUGGAGAAGUAACACAGCUGAGGAAGGAACCUGCUGUUUUUCCAACACAUUACCAUGAAUGACUUAGUCAGCCAGCACAGGUGACUUUUUUAUUCCCACCCUUUCAUUUCCUUCUCUGGUGGGGAAAUUUCACGGUGGCAGCAUAAAGCCCAAACUCGCACUGUGCCCGUGAGGAGGGUCUUUUUAAAUUUUUUUCGCGCAAGAUGCAGGUGGAUCGGAGCUGUGUGGUUUCCAGCGUGUGCUUUCUCUUACUUUUCUCAACUCUCAGCACCAGGAUCACCGGAGUGGGAGGAACCCAUCAGAGCAUCCCUCCGUCCGUGGUGAAGCUUUGGGCUUCAGCUUUUGGAGGGGAGAUGAAGUCCAUCUCUGCAAAGUACUCUGGCUCCCAGCUGCUGCAGAAGAAAUACAAGGAGUUUGAGCGGGCGGUGCGGGUGGAGGAGAUUGAUGGGCUGCGGCUGGUAAAGAGGCUGGCAGAGGACAUGGAGGAGAUGUUUCACAAGAAAGCCGAGGCCAUGAAGAGGCUGGUGGAGGCGGCAGAGGAGGCCCACCUACAGCACGAGGAGGACCCAGACCUGCAGUAUGAAUACUUCAAUGCAGUGCUGAUCAAUGAGGUGGAUGAGGAGGGGAACAGUGUGGAGCUGGGAGGGGAGUUCCUUCUGCAACCCAACGACCACUUUAACAACCUGUCAGUCAACCUGAGCCUCAGCGUGGUGCAGGUGCCAACCAACAUGUACAACAAAGACUCUGCAAUAGUCAACGGAGUGUACUGGUCGGAGGCCUUGAACAAAGUGUUCGUGGACAACUUCGAGAGAGACCCAUCGCUCAUAUGGCAGUACUUUGGCAGUGCCAAAGGCUUCUUCAGGCAGUAUCCAGGGAUCAAGUGGAAGCCAGAUGAACACGGGGUCAUUGCUUUUGACUGCCGUAACAGGAAGUGGUACAUCCAAGCUGCCACCUCUCCAAAGGACGUGGUCAUCCUGGUGGAUGUGAGUGGCAGCAUGAAAGGCCUCAGGCUGACCAUCGCCAGGCAGACUGUCUCCUCCAUACUGGACACUCUCGGAGACGACGACUUUUUUAACAUCAUCGCUUACAAUGAGGAGCUGCAUUAUGUGGAGCCAUGUCUCAAUGGAACUCUGGUCCAAGCAGAUGUCACUAACAAAGAUCAUUUCCGGGUGCACCUCGACAAGCUGUUUGCUCAAGGUAUCGGCAUGUUGGACAUAGCUCUGACUGAGGCCUUCAAUCUUCUCAGUGACUUCAAUGAGACUGGGAGAGGCAGUGAAUGCAGCCAGGCCAUCAUGCUGGUGACGGACGGUGCAGUGGACACGUAUGAUGCCAUCUUCGCCAAGUACAACUGGCCAGACAGGAAGGUACGCAUCUUCCCUUACCUCAUUGGUCGAGAGUCAGCCUUCGCAGAUAAUCUCAAAUGGAUGGCAUGUGCUAACAAAGGCUACUUCACUCAGAUUUCCACUUUGGCAGAUGUGCAGGAGAAUGUGAUGGAGUAUCUCCAUGUGCUAAGUCGUCCCAAGGUGAUUGACCAGGAGCACGAUACAGUGUGGACGGAGGCCUACAUUGAUAGCACUUUGGAUGAUGGUCAAGGUCCGGUUCUGAUGACCACAGUGGCCAUGCCGGUCUUCAGCACCAAGAACGAGACUAGAAACCGUGGUAUCCUUCUUGGCGUAGUUGGUACGGACGUGCCUGUCUCUGAGCUGCUCAAGACCAUCCCCAAAUAUAAGCUGGGCAUUCACGGCUACGCCUUUGCAAUCACCAACAACGGCUACAUCCUAACCCAUCCUGAUCUACGGCCACUUUAUGGAGAUGGCAAGAAGCGAAGGAAGCCAAACUACAGCAGUGUGGAUCUGUCUGAGGUGGAAUGGGAGGACAAGGAGGACGCGCUGAGAAACGCCAUGGUCAACAGGAAGACAGGGACCUUCUCCAUGGAGGUGAAGAAGAGUGUCGAUAAAGGGAAACGUGUCCUGGUGUUGCAUAAUGAUUACUACUACACAGACAUCCAGGGGACUCCUUUCAGUCUCGGGGUAGCUCUCUCCAGAGGCCAUGGGAAGUUUUUCUUCAGAGGGAAUGUCACAGUGGAGGAAGGACUUCAUGACUUGGAGCAUCCGGAUGUAGCACUGGCAGACGAAUGGACUUACUGCAACACAGACGAGCACCCAGAGCACCGCUACCUGUCCCAGAUAGAGGCGAUCAAAAUGUACCUCAACGGACACGAACCCCACCUACAAUGUGACAAGGAGCUGGUUCAGGAGGUCCUAUUUGAUGCAGUGGUGACCGCCCCUUUGGAGGCCUACUGGACAAGCCUCGUGCUCAAUAAGUCUGAGAACUCUGAUAAAGGGGUGGAGAUAGCCUACCUGGGCACAAGAACAGGCCUCUCCAGAAUCAACCUGUUUGUGGUGCCUGAUGAGCUUACGAACCAUGACUUCCUGACAGCCGAAGACAAAGAGGGGGUGUUCAACGCCGAUCACUUUCCCCUGUGGUACAAGAGAGCAGCAGAACAAGUCCCUGGAACCUUUGUGUACUCUCUCCCUUUUAACAUAGGAUCAGAAAACAAGAGUGUCGUAUUGGCCAGCACUGCCAUUCAGCUUCUGGAUGAGAGGAAAUCACCCAUAGCUGCGGCUGUGGGCAUCCAGAUGAAACUGGAGUUCUUUCAGAAGAAGUUCUGGACAGCCAGCAGACAGUGUGCAGCCUUAGAUGGAAAAUGCUCCAUAAGCUGUGACGACGAGAACAUCAACUGCUACCUUAUCGACAACAACGGCUUUAUUCUGGUGGCAGAGGACUAUACUCUGACGGGGAAGUUUUUCGGAGAAGCAGAGGGACCUGUAAUGAGUAAGCUUCUGCAGAUGGGCUCGUUCAAGAGGGUCACUCUGUAUGACUACCAGGCUCUGUGCUGGGUUUACUCUGAGAGUAGUGACAGUGGACACACACUGUUGGAUCCCUACUUUGCGGUCUUCUCAGCCAUGAAGUGGCUCCUGACUGAGCUCGUCAUAUUCCUGGUGGAGUUUAACUUGUACAGCUGGUGGUACUCUGACCUCACAGCUAAAGCUCAGAGGAUGGGUCGCACCAUGCAGGUCCCGUGCGACACAGAGUACCCAGCCUUCAUCUCUGAGAGAACCAUCAAAGAGAACACGGGCAACCUGGACUGUGAUGGAUGCAUCAAGUCCUUUGUGAUCCAGCAGAUCCCCAGCAGUAAUCUCUUCAUGGUGGUGGUAGACAACAAGUGCGACUGCGGCAUGUUUGAGCCAAUCACCAUGGACCCCAUCGAAAUCAUGUAUAAUGAAUCUCUCAAGUGUGAGAGGUUGAAGAUGCAAAAGGACAGGAGGCGCCCGGAUAGCUGUCACCCUUUUCACCCGGAGGAGAACUCAAUGGAGUGCGGAGGAGCCACAGGUCUCUCCCCGUCUCUCACAGCAACACUGCUGUGCGUCCUCCUAGCGCUGAUCCCCAGGUGACCACAGCUGGCCACGCCUCCCCAUCCAGCACUUGACUUGGAUCGGCUUGGCUCGGAACGCAAAAGAAUCGCAGCGAUGCCACAGAAGAAAAUACUCAUGCCCCUUUUUACAUUGCGCCCAAUUCCAACUCACCACCUACAAAGCCCCUCGCCCUGAGGAACCCCCCCCCCCCUCCCCCUACCAGGCACUUAUUUGAAAGGAUUGAAAGUGGAUAGCUGAUCAAGUAAACGUCAUUAAGGUGCUUUAGCAAUACCACACAAGCUGCACAGAGAGAUUUUUGUACGGAGACAAAGUUCUGAAGUAAUAAUACUUACAAUGCACAUAGUAGCUUAUAAACUGCACAGGUGACACUCACACCAUUAUGUUCAGUCCUUUCAGGUAGCAGCUAAGGGCCGGGGUCCGUAGCGGGGCUUGGAACUGGGCAUAAGAGCCACGUAACACCAACAUGUGGAGAGAGACAGGUGCACCUCCCCCUGGCCCGCUCUGAUUACUUAAUGGACAACAAUGAUUCUGAGGAUAUAAAAAAAUAACACUGAAGAUGAUUCUAUGUGGCCAGGGUUGUAAAGAAAUGUUUGUCUAAUGAUGUUUUUUUCAUGAUGAGAUAAGAAAUAUGUCUAUAAAUGAAGAAAAAAUAGUUUUAUUUAUGAUUUGCAAGUGAUACCCAUAAACUGUGACUAUGAGAUUUUGAGUCCUCUGAUGUGAGUGGUUGUUAAUUUUUGAGCUUUGCCUUAUUGAAGAAUAUUGGUCCUGUUUGUGUACUUUUGAAAUAAAAUGAUGUUGCAAAUCAAA